UGCGCACAAGCUCCUAUAAGAAAGCGCUGGAGUCUCGUUUUCAUUUUCAGACUGUAUUCCGGAGACUGCGGAAGCAUAGCCUAGAUGAACAUGCCAUCUACAUCCACGGUGACUGGCACAAGAUACUUCUAUGUUUUGUCAACUAAAAAUCCACUGACAUAGCCUGUUUGCAGCCUGGCUAUGAGAAAGGUGCUUAUGGCUGUGCAAGUCGAAGGCUUAUUUCCUUCCUAUUCAUAGACGUUUUUGUUAAAAACAUGGUGCUGGGCAAGGUAAAGACCGUAGCGGUCUGCUUCGACUGUUUGAAUGAAAGCAACCUGCCCGUUUUCUCCGGUGGCGACUCGGUCUCAGGGAGGGUAAUCGUGGAUGUCACCGGAGAGGUACGCGUUAAAACGUUGAGCAUCAAUGCGAGAGGAGUAGCAAAGGUUCGGUGGACUGAGUCUCGGAAUGCAGGAGCCAACACUGCCUAUACUCAGAAUUACACCGAAGAAGUGGAAUACUUAAACCAUUACGACAUCUUAUUAGGAGAGGAGAGAGAUGAGGACAGUCCAGAGGAAAGCCUUACUGUUCUCCAUACAGGCAUACACGAGUUUGCCUUUAGCUUCCACUUACCACAGAUGCCCCUUGCCACCUCUUUCGAGGGGAAACAUGGGAGUGUGAGGUACUGGGUGCGAGCAGAGCUGCAUAGGGCCUGGCUGCUACCUGUGAAGGUGAAGAAAGAGUUCACUGUGUUUGAACACAUCGACAUCAACACGCCACUGCUGCUGGCUCCUCAGGCUGGUACUAAGGAAAAGACCCUCUGUUGCUGGUUCUGUGCCUCAGGUCCAAUCUCUCUCAGUGCCAAGAUCGAGAGGAAGGGCUACACUCCAGGGGAGUCCAUCCAGAUCUUUGCCGAGGUGGAGAACUGCUCCUCUCGCGUCGUGGUGCCCAAGGCAGCUCUUUACCAGACCCAGACCUUCUUUGCCAAGGGGAAGGGCAAGCAGAUCCAGCAACUGGUCUCCAACGUGCGUGGAGACCCCCUGCCCCAGGGCAAGAGCCAGAGCUGGGAGGGCAAGCUGCUGAAGAUCCCCCCAGUGUCCCCGUCCAUCAUAGACUGCCCCAUCAUCCGGGUAGAAUACGCCCUGGUGGUGUAUGUGGACGUCCCUGGGGGGCUGAACCUCUCUCUGUCGUUGCCGCUGGUCAUCGGAACCAUCCCCCUCCACGGCUUCUCCAGUCGCACCUCCAGCAUUAGCAGCCAGUGCAGUGACUCAAGCUGGCUGGGCCUCCCCGAGAGACCUGAGGCUCCUCCGAGUUACAGUGACCUUGCCGUGUCUGAGGCCCACAGGCGAGGCUGCCUCCAGGACCGCGACAGGCCCCAGGGCAGCGCCGAAGACCAGGGACCCCAUCUGGCCUACAUCACUGAGUUUAGAUACCAGCCCCCGCCACUGUACUCAGAGAUUGACCCCUACCCAGACCCGGCGUGUGGCACCCAGGGGGUGGGGAGAGCCGACGCCUGCCCCUCACGCUGACCAGCUCCCCAGACGAGCAGCCCCUCUGACUGCGUGCAGGUCCGCCCCACGUAACCCCCCCCCCCCACACCCCACACCGCUGGACACGAUUCAGCCCCACCUCGCCAUCGGCUUCGGCAGCGUAUUGAACCCGAGUUGGAACCGGCACCGGCGUGUCCGCCCCCACGGGGGGGGGGGGAGGACCGAGCGAGGCGCCCCAGGUGGGGUACCGGAGAAGGACGCGGCGUUCCUACGCGGAUGGUUGUCCUCUGGUUAGGAGAUCGUCUGGGUGCGCGUCCCUCUCUGGACUCUGCUACCACGAUGGCGUGAUGUUCCCGUGCAGAACUAGAAAGAUGGACAGGUGGGAACCAACAGCACUGUUGGACAGAGUAGCUUGCUGCCUCCAAGUCGGUUUUGCACAUUCCUUUCUCCCCGUUUCCACACAAACACACACACGCGCGCAUAUACAACUCCACAAGCCUUUAUGCUAAAAAUGCAUCUGCUGGUUUUUUCACCAUUGAACUCCUUAAGUAGAAGCCAGACAAACGGAAUGAGGGCCGCUCUCAGCGACACUUGUCGAGCUCAAGUACGAGGUCGAUUCUCCUCUUACCUAGAUCACAGUGGUUACCAUAGCCUUGAAUGGAUAAAGGUGUGUAUUUCCGAAGGGGGGAGGGGUGGGGUGGGGGGGCUCUCUUGAGGUAGGCUUGAAUGCACUGAACGGAGGAGGAGAGGAGAGCACUAGAGGAGAACGAACAAGUCCCACUUCCCACAUCGCCUCACUCUCUCUCUCUCUCUCUCUCUCCUCGGUCUCUCCCAGGAGUGUGAGGCCAGGCCUCUGUCACCAGCUCCAGAAGAGCUCUCUCUCUCUUGUCCCUGCACAUACGUGUGAGCAUGUGCUCGCUAACAAGCCUGUCUGCCCCGCGUCCCCGCGUCUCAGACCAGACAAGGACCAGACUGGUUCUGUUAGAGAAAAGCACAGUUUAGACACACGGCGAAUGAGCCUCGCACACUGGCGUACUGAAUCUCGGGGGUAUCUGAGACGGCUUGGAGGCGUGCACUCAAGAACAGAUUUCUUUUUUAAGGCAAAGUGGGAAGUGAUACGGAGAACAGCUUUGCGCUCUGGUGAGGCCGAGUGGGAGAGGAUACAAAAGUUAUAAAGUUUACAGAUUAAAAAAGAAAUCUAACCAAGCUUGUUAGUAAAACAUUGAGUUAUUCUUCCAAACUUGUCAAAGAUAAUGAGUGCAAUAUAUUUUUCUAUUUAUUGGUUUUUGCACUAGUUUUCCAAUGUUGUGUUUCCUGUGUAUUAAGUCAUUAUUUGGAUCUGAAUGCUGCCAUGAUAUUGCUUUUUAUAAAAAAUAAAGACGCUUU